UGAUGGCUUCCAUGGGGUUGCAGGUGCUUGGCAUUGCCUUGUCUGUUAUCGGCUGGCUGGGCACCAUCCUGUGCUGUGGCCUGCCCAUGUGGCGGGUGACAGCCUUCAUUGGGAACAACAUCGUUGUGGCCCAGAUCAUCUGGGAGGGGCUCUGGAUGGACUGUGUGGUGCAGAGCACGGGCCAGAUGCAGUGCAAGGUCUAUGACUCCAUGCUGGCGCUGCCCCAGGACCUCCAGGCGGCCCGAGCCCUGGUCGUGAUCGCCAUUGUGCUGGCUGUGCUGGGCGUCCUGCUGGCCAUCGCUGGAGGGAAAUGCACCAACUGCGUGGAGGAUGAGUCUUCCAAAGCCAAGAUCAUGAUCGUCUCAGGGAUCAUCUUCAUUAUUGCUGGCCUCAUGAUCCUCAUACCUGUCUCUUGGUCGGCGAACAACAUCAUCCGGGAUUUCUACAACCCUCUGGUCACAGAAGCCCAGAAGCGGGAGCUAGGUGCUUCCUUGUACAUUGGCUGGGCUGCAUCUGCCCUUCUGUUCAUUGGUGGGGGGCUGCUCUGCUGCAACUGCCCCCCCAAAAAUGAGAAGCCCUACUCUGCCAUGUACACAGUUGCUCGUUCAGUGCCAGCCAGCAAUUAUGUGUAGGGCUGCAUCUGCCCUCAACUUCCACCUCUACCCAGGACGCUUGUUUUCUUUCCAGCAAGACAACCACAUAAGUGACCAAGAAGCCUCCAUCCUGCACAGAUCCAUCCUGACCAGGCCUUCUGCUAUGCUGAUCAUCAAAUUGUGUGCCUCUUCACUGAGCUACCUUCUCCCCUUUGCAGCCUGGCCCCAAGCCUGACCACACACACAAAUUGGCACAACGCUUCCAGCUUGAGAAGAUGGCAGCUUUCUGUUUCAAGGGACAGCAGAGGUCCCUGAAAAUCCCAGCUGCUCAGGCACAGCUCCAGAGAAUCCUUGCUACACAGCAGGUGGCUGUGCAGUCCCCAGUGCUAAGAAUCUGCCACUGCAGCUUGUUUGUGCUGGAGCCGAGGAGCUGCUGAAAUCCAAGGUCACCUACGCGCAACCAGCCUUCCUCGCAGGGUCUGCUCACCACUCAGCCCCGAGGCUUUUUGCCACCGAACACUGCCAGAGACCGAAUGGGCGGACAGCCCUUCUCCUGCUCCAGCAGCGCCUGCCCACCCAAAGUACCAGGGUUAGGAUGAGCCUGAGAGACCAUAUGUGAGAAUAGGUGAGGGUGGAAGCAUGGGGACUGGCAGUCAGAAUGUGUGCAGGGGUAUAGGGGGAGGGUGGGACAGCAUUUACAGGUGCUUCUUUGUUUCCCUUGUUCUUUAAUCCAAGUACAUUUGGGACAGAAAGAGGCUGCCCUGAUGUCUGUGGCAGGGUGAGAUGGAGCCAGGGUGGUGCAGCUGGGAGCAGAGGGCAUGUCACUGCCAGAGGGUGGAAGGGCUAUGUUGUCUGUUAGGCCUUUCCUGUCACCCCCAGUGGAAGGACACAGUGUCUUUGGCUUCCUCUAGGGCCACAGCAGGGCUGUGCUCUGUACUUCUGAGUCCCUCAGUAGGGAAACAGCCACAGGGCACUUCUGUGUGUCCAUCCAUGUGUCUGAGUCUCGCUAGCUCCAUCUCCAUUGUCUCAUUUGAGUCUUAGGCUGUCACAGUGUCUGUCUGUUUGCCUGAGUGACAGUCUCAAUGUCUAACUCUCCAUGUCUCCUUGCUGCAGUGCCUGUCUCAGUGUCUUUCUGCCUGUGCCUCCAUGUUGUCAUGUCUGUCUGUCUGUCUCCCUGUCACAGUGCCGGUGUGUCUGUCUUACUGUCUUUGUGUUUCUCUGUCAGUGUCUGCCCUCUGGCCUGUUGAGAGUGCUGGGAGGGUGGGGGUGGAUGAUGUUCACAGUGUUUUGUGCUGGCAUGAGCCCUAGAGCAGAUGCUGUUCCACAGGGGUGACACUUUCUCUGCUGGUCACUGGGAAACCAGUGUAAGCUUUCUUGCUGGGGUCAUCUGUGUCUCCACCAGGCAGGUUGCCUGUAGAGAUGCACAUAGAUCCUUUUGAGUGUGGUCACGGUCUCUGCCAUGGUGUCAUUGCCAGUCGGAGCCAGCAGCUGGUCUGGCAGGCUUUGGAGGGGCUGUGCAUCUCCCACCCCCUGCCUGCCUCUUGCCCAUGCUGCUUCUCUGACCAAUUUUGGGGCCUGUUUUUGUGUACCUGUCCCUUUUUUGUCAGUGGUACCUAUGGGUGGGGGAGUUCCCAUGGUGGGGGCUGGAAGGCAACAGCCCAGCUGGGAAAACCGGUUUGGGAGGCAGGAGCAGAACCAGGCAGGUUGAGCAAGGCAGAAGGGAAGGGACAGGGACUUCCUUAGGUGGCUAUGUCUGGGAGCCUCCCUGGGAUGUGAGCAGCCUGAGAGCUGGAGCUGCAGUGCAGGGCUCCCCCUGAGCCCAGGCUUUCUCUGCUUGUCUGUUGGGGAUGCCCAGGUAUAUCACAGUGUGCAGCCCCUUGCAGGUACCACUGGCUGGAGCCACCAAGAGGUUGGUCUAAUCGGUGAGCUGGGUGGCACCCAAGGGGAGGGACAAAGUUGUUGCAGCAGGCAGCCAUAGCACCCACAUAGUGGGCAGGCCUUGGUUGCCAGUUGCUCUGUCCCUACCAUACUGGCUCCAUGAGGGAGCUCUAAGUGUCCCCUCUGGAUAAGGGAGCUCCAAAAAGUGGCAGACCGCCUGGGGAGGAAUUUGGGGGAUGCCAAGAGGAGCUAAGGCACUCCAGGGGUGCUAGCCAGGAGGCUGAGAGUAUCAGAAGGUGGCAGGGCAGUGCAAGAGGGGCUGGUGGGGUGCUGGUGAUACAGGACCUUGUGUCCUUCCUUGCUCCACAGUCUGGGGCUCUCCCCCUUCACAAGCUGUUGUACAAUCUUCCUUCCAGUGUUUGUUAACUACAAUGUGAUAUAAUUUUCUACAUUAAACUGUAGCUUCUUAGA